AUCGCUUGGAAAAAGAUUCCCGGUAGUACAACAUGGUAGCCUUCGUUGUAACUUUGUCUUGUUACGAUAAAUUCGGAUUCGCGAUUUGAACUUCCAAGAGGCAGCAUCGUUCUCAACAUAUACCGUUGUCCUACUACAGUUUCUCGGUUUAUUGUGUUUAUGUCUAUUAAAGUGCUAUUAGCUUAGUAGUGAACUUUUACACUCUCCUGUCUAUUCGAACUCUGGCAUGCACCUCUUCCUUUUGUAAUUUAAACAUGUAAACGUAAGGUUAAUUGAUAGUGAACACCACCAGAACGGCAUUUGAUUUUGUUUGCAAGUGGAUUGAAGUCGAGACAAGUGGCAAUAAAAGUGAAGCCUUGGCAGAAAAGUAAGUUCUGGUAUCAGAUAUCAGUAGCUUGACUCAAGUAGCACGUUUCCGCUGCUCUAGUAAAGAUGAUAUCAACAUAAGUUGCCAAAAAGGUAUUUACGCACGCAAAUCUUAAUGGGAAUAUUCAUUCUACUAAACGAAGUGUGUCAAUUUUUUCAUACAUUGAAGUGAAAAUAAUUGGGGUUUAUGCGUCUCAGCCAUUAUGUGAGUCAGAAGUGAUAAAAAUUAUGAUAGUGAAAAUGCAUUUUAUUUCCUUAAAAAGAUAAUUCAGAAUAAGAAAAGUAUGAAAUCUGUAAUAUAAUUAAAAAAUGCAUGCUCUUUCUCUCUCAUCGUCUAUGUGCUUUAUCCAAUGGAUGUAUCGGCCCGUUUACAUAACUGCAGAUGAAAAAGGAGUAUUGAACUUUAUAAAGGGUUGCUCUCUGCAGUGCUUUGUACUUCCGCAGUGAAUGAAUUUUCUUUUGUUUUUCGAGGAUCUAGAAGUGUUACUGUGAAAUAACGUGAUUUUGUGUUAAUCAGUUUUCCUCUAUGUUGAAAAAUAUAAAAAUCGCUGAAAACUUGGGAAAAUAAGUUUAAGUUGCCUUUAAUAAUGAGAUUAGAACAACGAGCCGUAAUUAUUUAAAAAUAUUUUGAAUUGACAUGAGACAACUAAGCAUUAUCUUAGCCAAAGAAAUCAUAUUGUUUUGAUUUGUUUCAAUGAAAGAAUGAACUUAAGCUGAAUAAGCUGUUACACAACAAAAUUGUUUGUUGGGUUGUGCAGUUUAUUUCAUUGAUGUCUACAGCUCAACGUUUUGGAAACAAGGAUUGAAUAUGGUGCCCAUUGAGACUGGAGCCUUAAAUUAGAUAGUAUUUAAUACAGCUCUUUGCAUAUGAUCAGUCUGAACUCUACGCGAAGUACUCUAAGUCUUCUAGAUCAGCUAUUUCUGAUUACUAGUUUGCUGAAACUGCAAUAAUAAUGUCUGACUUCGAACGCAUACGACUUGUUAUUCUUGGAGGAGCUGGUGUUGGGAAAAGCUGCAUUAUUAAACGAUUUCUUUUUAAAACUUAUUCAGACAAGUAUAGGCCAACUGUAGAAGAUCUGUAUAAUCGCGAAUAUGACCUGGGUGCUGUCACGCUUAAGGUUGACAUUCUCGACACAUCUGGUGAAAUGCAAUUUCCGGCAAUGCGACGAUUAUCCAUUGCCACCGCCCAUGCCUUUUUACUAGUUUACGCAUCGACAUCCGGACCAAGCCUUGGCUGUAUUAAGCAAUGCUUCGAAGAGAUACGUGAGCAACGAGCCGAUUUUCAGGAUAUUCCGAUGGUGAUUGUUGGCAACAAAAGUGAUGUAAGUGGUACGCAUCGAGAAGUUCUCAUCGAAGAUGUUUCGGAGUGGGUGUUCUGUGAGCUGCCCAAGCUAAAGGUAAAAGUAAUGGAAUGCUCUGCCAAGGAUGACGUGAAUAUAAUUGAUAUAUUCAAAACCUUCGUAACAUUAUCCCGUAUAAUUCCUGCCAACGGUAACAGUGAUUCAUCGUCAGGACUAAAAAGACGAUCAUCUGCUUAUGUUAGUGCUAGUAGUAAAGCAAAAUCAAGAAUUGGAAGUCCGUCCAUUGGUUGUGAAAAGUUGAAGGAAACGGCAUACCUGGCUGCCGGGAGUAGUGAACCUUCAACUAGUGAUUCAAAGUCUAAACCACGCUCCAGAUCCUUGAUCAGGAGAUCAUCCAGAAAAACCAAACAGCAGAUACAGAAUGCAUCCGGCACCGACGACUGUAACAUACAGUAAUCUGUUAUGCAUGACAAAAUGCUGUUCAGUUAUAUACCCCUGCAAUUGGAAAUAGUUACAUUAUGGUUUGUUUGGAAUUCUUACAUUUUCAGUAUUAAUAUAACAUAAACAAUAAUAGUAUAGCAUGAAGAUUACUGAUUUCGUCAGUAAUCGUUUCAAAGUGAAUUGUGAUCCUUAUGAUAAAUUAUAUUAAUUACGAAUAACAAAUCCGGAAAAGGAUUGGCCAACCAACUAACUUAUGAAUACAAAAAGUUAAGAGCAUAAAUACAAAAUAGCUUCAAAUGACAUGAAGAAAUAUAAAUGAAAUAGAAAACAGUUAAUGUAACGGUUGUUUUCAGCCAACAUAUUACAAAUCAAAAUAACGAAACAAUUUUUACUCGUUAGGAGUCCAUCAGUAUUACAUUACCGCAGUGCGUAAAAUUGUGUUUGUGAAAUGUUAUUGGAGACCAAGUAUUAAAUUGAAUGUUUGGUAAAUCCAUGCAAAGAGUAGAACAAGUUGUUCCCAAAUUGACUGCUUUUGGAAUAAUUAAGAUGGAAGAUAAUUACUUUUGAAUACGUCAGUGAAUGAAAGCAAUUGUCUUGAUUAGUUCUGAUUGAAGAGAAAACACGAUUCGAAGAUUUCUAUCAUAAGGUUUUGAAAUAUUAAGUUUCGUGGACUUGAUGAACCAACUAUAAGAAAUAAGCAUGUUCUGGAGGACAGACGAAAGCAAAAUGGAACAAUUUUAGAUAGGAAUUUGUUGUUAAAAGUAGUAGUUGUUGGUUAGCAGUUAAUGUACAUGGCUCAAACUUCGAAUUGGGUAUUACUAUAUACACUGUUUUAAUAAUUCAAAUAUUCCUAGUGGAAUUGAUGAAUGGAUUGUGUAAUUUUUAAGAAGAUAAAUGGCUUUCCCACUACUUCCUGAAUGACAUCUAUGUAUCUUAAGCUUCACGCUAUGGGACUUAUUUAUAUUAUCAUGAGAGGCAUCUUCAGCGGUGGUCCAAAUCGUUGUUUGGUUCUAUUUCAUGAAAUAAACACAAAUUCAUUGCUGCACAGGUUUUUGUAAAUUUCAUUUGAUACCAAAUCUGAACUGUAGAAUUUUAUAACUGAUAUACGUUUUGAUUCAUUUAUGGCCCCUAUUACAGAAGACGAGGCGAGCAAUUCGCUCCGCCUACAGUCAAUGACAGGGUGAGCGAAAUGUUGUAUUAGGGAACGCGAGUGUAACUUGGCUGGUAACAGCUAAGUCACGAACUAGUCGAGCAUAUUUGCAGACGAGCUACUCGUCCAAAAUUCAGCCGACUCGCCAUCUGUUAUACCAAAACUGGUCAGGCAAGUAACUCGUCGCUCGUCUCGUCUUCUGUAAUAGGCCUCACUUUUUAGAACUGGAAAAAUAUCGUUCAAAAACCAUUUGCACGCCAUAUUUACACCAGUGUGGUAUUUUACAAAUGAAUUGUACCCCUCAUUCUUUUAGUUACGUGAUUUCCCAUAUAAUGAUUUGUGUAAAAAAUUAAAGUAAUCUGUUAUAGAAUAGUUUUAACAUAAAAUAUGUUUUCGAACAUUUUUAUUUCGAACAUUGUGUAAAAACAUAACAAAACAAAAUGUUAUAGUUUUCUUGGUGUUUGUGUGAUUCUUGAGCUUGUUUUUGCGGAACUAGUUCUUGAAAACAGGUUCAAAAAGUUAAAAUAAAUUCGCAAAUCAUGGGUAGUAUUGAGUUUCGAUACAACUUUUUGAUAUCUGUGUAUGAAGAAAAUAAUUUUUAUACCUGCUCAGUACUGGUAAAAGGUAGAAGGUAUUUGAUUGCUCUUCGAGAUAAAUUCGCAAACUCGUUUUUGUGAUCCAAAACGUAGUUAACGAUUUUUCCUUAAAUUCUUAUUUUAGUUAUUUUAGUGGAUCAUGUUGUGGUAGUCUUAUUCAGGUUUAAAGUUCAGGUUCGGGUUUUAAACUAUGGUUUGAUUAAUUGUUACAGUCAUCUUUUAAAGCAAGAUUGAAAACACAGAAUUGAAGUAUCAUAAAAACACGAGGUUAAAAACCGCUAAAAUAAAACAUAAAAAACAAUCAUUUUAUAAACAACAAGCAAUACCAUAUCAGUGCGAAGAUUGCAACGUUGGUCUAUAUUAGACGGCUCUAUCCAGGUUUUGUUGGGGUAAAUAUAGUUUAAAGCUGUCUCAAAAACUGACCACCGCUGAAGAUGCCAUCAGCGAUAAAAAUCUCAUUGAAAAUAAUACCAAAUGGUUGAUAUGUAAAGUAACUUAAGAAGUUUGUAUUUAAUUAAGAUAAAGAUGACACACAAAAAAAUGUUCAGUGGAUUUUUUUAUCAAUAACAUAAUUUUCAUGUUUAUUUACUGCAACACCAAUAGUUGUGAAUUAUUACUAUCCACUGGUCGACAAAAGCGAAAAUUAGUUGUUCUGAAAACAUUAUAGCUUUUUAACCAUUCUUGUGACUUUGUGAACUCAUUUAAGUCUCUGAAAAAGCUAUCUUUGCUAGGGGCACCAAAGUUCACAGGAAUGGUUAAAAAGUUGUAAUUUUUCCCAGUUUGAGCUUUAAGGUAAAAUCUGUGUUUAGCAGUGUAAUUUGCAAAAUACAAGGUGCCGCCGAAAACCUAUUUUAACUGUCAAAUUCCUUUUAGUAGGCAAGUUCCAUUAUAUAGCUUCGAGUGUAGUAAAUUGAGUUACUUAUCGUUGUGAAAAUGAUUUUUAAAUCAGUUCUGCACGUGAAACGUAUUAUACUUUAGAAAGUUUUUGCUCCAAACGACGAAUGUGUGGAAAUAUUCCGAUACAUCCUGUUGCGGAAUAGUUAGUGUUUUAUCUAACCAAGUGAAUCAAAGCAAGUAAUAAUUAAAAAGUAAAACAAUAUUGACACCAUUUUUGCACAAACAAGAAAUUAACUUUUGAUUUUUGAACAGGUUUAGAUUUGUGCCGAAUAUUUUUCGUUGCGUUUCUCAUCAUAAGAUUGUUUUGUUUCCAUCAUGGUUUAAAGAAGCACGAACAAUAAGAAAAAGAAGUACGACAUUAUAAGUAUAAUGAUAUAGCAAUUGUAUAGUUGUUCGAGUUGUUGUUAUAUUUCCCGCUGAACACCUUUUACUGUUUUAUUGUUAUAUUGAAUGAAAAAAUAAUUCAAAAAAUUAAGUUAAGUCGGCACGGUACUGUGCCUGUGGAUUCAAUUUUUUCCACUAGACGCUUAAUUGUUGAUCUGGCAGAAUGAUUAUGACGACCAUAAAUUGCACGUAGUGCUAUUAAAGUUUAGGCCACUAACUCCGAAUUCCAGUAGUAAAUUUUGAUAAUAUGAAAAGCUAUGAACCACUAAAAAAUAAAAAAACGUAGAACGCAUAUUUUAUCUCACCGUUCUACAAGCGAACCUUCUGCGCUUGACACUUUCCUCCCAUUUUUAUAUAACAUGUACCAUGGAACGGGGUGAAAUUGAUCAAUUUUUAUAAUAUUUUUCAAUUAACUAGAUUCAUGAACAUUUUUCCCAAAAAAGUAUAUAUUUGAAACAAGUACUGGUAUGUGCUCUAGAAAACCACUAUGGCUCUUGGUGAAAUUUCUAUCGUCUACUUCAUGAAAUAAAUUCGAGAAUUCUAUAAGGUACUAUGAGUUAAAUCGGGGUGAAAUUGAUCAACCUUGAAAUCCAUACACUCUGUAGGAAAUGUACUUUUUUUCGAUAAUUUCAUGAUAAAUGAUGAUUUCUGAACUGAAAAAUAUCAAUCACAGCUAGUUUGAAAACAAAAAUAUCGAUAUCUCUGGUUAAAAUCUAUUCAUUUUGGUUCACGAGCUGCAGUUUGCUAAAUUUGCUCUCAUUUAAUCAUCGUUAGAUCGAUUUCAAUUCGAUUGGUUGCAAAAGCUCAAAAACUAGCUCUGAAAUUGGAAUCUUUGUGGUUUCCUGCGAAUUCAUCAGUAAUUCUUUGAUGGUAUGGAAUAAUCAUUGUUGAAAAUUAUAUUUUUUAAGCUUUUAUCAAACUUCACUCACUUCUCCAAAUUUAACGCAAUUAACCCCUAAUCAAGAUUACUUUAAGUAAACUCAAUACUUUUUUUUGUUAUUUGGAAACUUGUUUGAUCAAAUUUGACUGAGUUUUGACUGAGUUAGAAGAAUUUUUCGAAAAUAUGUAAAAUUGCACCGGGCAUGCAAUGGUUAACUUUGACAAGUACGUGAAUCUUGCAAAAGUUGCCUUUUAGGACACGUUAACUUUUCCUAGUGUUGUAAGAUCGAUAUCUUUUGAUAAGUAUUUUUUAUCACGAAUUUUGAAGUGAUCAAUUUCACCUCACUGAUUAAUUCCACCCCAUUCCACGGUAGCUAUUUUCGCUUCUAUUCGUUCUAACGACUGUUCUAUGCCACUAAGCCCAUCGCAUCCACAUGCUUUUGUUAUGCGAAAAUGCACGAUAGUUAAACAAAUUCAAAUACUUUUAGGAAAAAAUAGAAGACUGUGUCUGAAAUACAGACGCACUAUUGCCACAGGACAGCACCAAUUGUUAUUCAUCGAACUCUUCAGUGUUUUUGGUGGUGGUUUCGAAAAGGAUAACCACAGUCAAUGACAAAUACUGUACAUUCCACAAAAGCUUGUUUGGGAUUCACAAAAACGCCAGUUGCAAAAACACCGCAGCUCUUUCCAACAAAUUCCUUAAAUGGGUUCUAAACUCAACUUGUUAACAACUUGGUUUCUUCAACGCUUAUUUUCACCUACUUUCUCCUGAAUUGUUUAUUUUUCAUUUUUGUUAGUGUUAAACAAAAUCUACGAUAUCCAGCUUUCCACGAGCAGUAAUGGCGGAUAGAUCCGAUAUUUUAUGGAGGUUGUAAAACUUCUAGUUCAAUGGAAAUAUCCGGUGUAUCUAUAGACACUAUUUGCAGCUCUUUCCAACAAAUUCCUUAAAUGGGUUCUAAACUCAACUUGUUAACAACUUGGUUUCUUCAACGCUUAUUUUCACCUACUUUCUCCUGAAUUGUUUAUUUUUCAUUUUUGUUAGUGUUAAACGAAAUCUACGAUAUCCAGCUUUCCACGAGCAGUAAUGGCGGAUAGAUCCGAUAUUUUAUGGAGGUUGUAAAACUUCUAGUUCAAUGGAAAUAUCCGGUGUAUCUAUAGACACUAAAGUUGUAUCAUAGAUCAUUGCAAAUAAAGAAAAACCUUAUUUUUUUACAGUUCGGGGAGGUUCACAAGGUGUGAGAUUUUUUCUUCGGUUUAUCGUUUAAUGGGUUAUGUGUUGAGAAUAAUAACAGUUAAUAUGAAAACGAAGCAGAGCGGAGAACUCUCCACCUACGCGAAUUAUUUAUCACUAAAAUCUUCUUCUUCUUCUCUUUUGUUUUGCUGAACAGGCUAUAUCAACCAUACGUCUAUCGAAUAUCACUAAAAUCAAUAAGAAGCGUUAUAAUGAAAAAAUCCGAACUCUUUUUUUUGUGGAAAAUUUGGACCACUGCGACUAUCUCUUGUGAUUAACAGAUACGAGCAAUAAUGAGAAAUACUAAUGUGGAUUAGAUACACCUUUUUGGUAUCAUAUUCUCGGUAAGAAAACAAACUCAAUGAUACUUUAUCGGCUAUAUUUGAUAUAUUCUGAUUCUAUUCUCUAGGCGGCGUAGUUUUGAUCUGUAAAAGUGAUGAAUAGGCUUCAUUUAUGACUCAAUUCUAAGAGUAACUAUGUAUGCACAACUAUAUGUAUAACUACACUGUAACACGUUAAUACUGCUGUAUCAAUUUUCACAGUAAUACACUCAUACAUGUAUAUGAUCUAUCUCACAAAACAAACACAAAACAAUGAGCAAACAUCGUCAAAAUUAAUAUAAUUAUUAUAAACCUAAAUAUCAUUGAAAUUUACAAGUUUGAAUCAGAUAUGCAUGUUGGUUUAUUACAUGUAUAAUUUGAUAUUAUUGAUUCCACAUUUUUUCACCUUUUACCUCUUCAUCUUGAAACUGACAAAAUGUCUACUGCAAAAGUUUACAUUUAAGCUAGUCGAUUGUUGACACAAGCAUUCCGAUUUAACCGCCAACUUAUCUAUAAGCUAAAUUCACAACAAGCGUCCUUAGCCCUAAAUAAAACCAAAAUGAUCACCCUCAAAUAUGACCAACCAAAAGAUGACGAAAAUAAUGAGACUCUGCUGAAAGUAAUAAGACAUAUGAUAUUGAUAAUACAUUGAACUUUAAAAAUAAACUUUCGAGAAUCUUCGUAGUAAUAUUCCUGAUAUUUUCUAAAGAAAUAUUUUGUGCGUUAUAUUAAUGUACGAGUGCGAAGGAAAGAUACCCAAUUUGGAUGGUUAUACAACGUAACAACCUGAGAGUAUUAUUGAGCUGUAUGAUUAAGAACCUAUUAUCAUGAUCAUCAAUUAAAAAUAUACUUGAGAAUUGUUGAAACUCCUAACUAAGCAAAAAUUA